GAUUGUACGUUCCUUGCCAGUAGUUUUACCGCAACCAGCCGGCGAAGACAUUUACUCUUACAUAUUGUGCGUUGCUUCGUUACUAAAUAAUUAGCUCUAUCUUCUUGCAAUAAUUCAACGAAUUGUCAACGAAAAUGUCUUCUAAACCUCCAUUUAAAGUUGCUGAUUUGUCGUUGGCGGAAUGGGGACGGAAAGAAAUUACUUUGGCAGAAAAUGAAAUGCCUGGCCUCAUGGCCAUCAGAAAAAAAUAUGGUCCAGAAAAAGUUUUAAAAGGUGCACGAAUUGCCGGUUGUUUACAUAUGACUGUACAAACUGCGGUUCUCAUUGAAACUCUGGUUGAACUCGGAGCUGAGGUUCAAUGGUCCUCGUGUAAUAUAUUCAGCACUCAAGACCAUGCAGCAGCAGCCAUCGCAAAAACGGGGAUUCCCGUGUAUGCUUGGAAAGGUGAAACUGAUGAAGAAUACCUCUGGUGCAUAGAACAGACCCUCGUAUUUAAGGAUGGAAAACCAUUAAAUCUGAUCCUCGACGAUGGCGGUGAUCUGACCAACUUAGUGCACACCAAAUUCUCGGAAUAUUUAAAAGAGUGUCGAGGUCUUUCCGAGGAAACCACAACCGGCGUUCACAAUCUGUAUCGCAUGAUGAAAGAAGGCAUUCUGAAAGUUCCUGCCAUAAAUGUAAACGAUUCAGUAACAAAGAGUAAAUUCGACAAUCUUUAUGGGUGUAGAGAAUCAUUAAUCGAUGGUAUCAAACGAGCGACAGAUAUCAUGAUUGCUGGAAAGGUCUGUGUGGUUGCUGGAUAUGGAGAUGUUGGAAAAGGUUGCGCACAAAGUCUCAGAGCACUUGGAGGACGUGUGAUAAUCACGGAAAUCGAUCCCAUUAAUGCGUUACAAGCUGCCAUGGAAGGAUACGAGGUAACGACAAUGGAUGAAGCCUCAACCAAAGGACAGAUUUAUGUUACUACCACCGGUUGCAAAGACAUCAUAAUGGGCGAUCAUUUUGUUAAUAUGCCAGAGGAUGCUAUAGUCUGUAAUAUUGGUCACUUCGAUUGCGAGAUUGACGUUGCAUGGCUUGAGAAAAACGCUGUUGAAAAAAUCAACAUUAAACCACAAGUAGACAGAUAUCAACUAAAGAACGGCAGACAUAUUAUCCUCCUUGCGGAAGGUCGGUUGGUUAAUCUUGGAUGCGCCACAGGACAUUCCAGCUUCGUGAUGAGUAAUUCAUUCACAAAUCAGGUAUUGGCACAAAUAGAGUUGUGGACCAAAUCUGAGUCCUAUCCGGUCGGAGUUCACAUGUUGCCGAAAAAAUUGGACGAAGAAGUCGCUGCGUUGCAUUUAAAUCACCUUGGAGUAAAGUUGACCAAAUUGACGGAGGAACAAGCGAAAUAUCUUGGUGUACCUAGAGAAGGACCUUACAAACCUGACUAUUAUCGAUACUAGUUAUUAUUUAAAUUCAGAGGCUCUCAUGUACUUUUUUGAACCAUACAAUUGAAUUGUCAACCAUUGAUCUUUAUAGUUGUUCAUUUAUUAAUUUUAGCCUCAAUAUCGAGUGUUUUGUUAUCUAGAAAAGUUAUAACGAAAAAUCACCGAAACGGGAUUGUGUGUUUUAUAUUGUAUUGUUAUAACUUGCGAACUUUAUUGCUUUAUAUAUAUUGCUUUAUAUUAACUUUUAAAUAAAAAUAUCUUGUUCAACAA